AUGCGGCUUGAUGCAGCUUCCCUGCUGUGGGCGUCCCUUGUUCCCACAGCGCUGGCAAUCCUCGCAGACGAGGCUUACCAUAUCGACUACCACCACGCUCUCCUAGGCCAACCUGGCGCAGGCAACACCUUCUUCCACCGCUCGAAUCCCUCCUCUGUAGCAUCACUACUCUACACGCACUCAGACAAGAAUAUCCUUGGAGCUGUCAACCCAAAGGACGGGUCGGUGGUAUGGAGACAGAACAUCACAGAGUACUUCCCGCAGGCAGCGGGAUCAUCCAGCGAAGCGUUCUUGCGUGCGGCUGAUAACGAUGAUGCGCUGGUGAGUGCAUUUGGUAACGGUGUUUCGGCAUGGGAUGCGAUUGAUGGACGGUUCAGAUGGGUUCAGCGGGUGACGGAUGGAGUGGUUAGGGAUCUUGAGCUGGUCCCGGGAAUCCAGAGAAACCAUGACAAGAGCGAUGAUGUCCCAUUCCAGGUGUCGGUGGCAUCAAAGUCUACCGGUUACUAUGUGGCAUUGCAGCAUGCGUCUCGGGCUGGAUAUAAAAUCAAGGUCACAACCUUGGAUCUGGCCAAGGGUAAACAGACUGGAAGCCAGUAUACCCUAAACUCAGAGGCAGAAGUGUCUGGACCUGAAUCGAUUCUGCUUGUUGGCGGAAACGCUGCUGCGCCCUUAAUUGCCUGGACAGACAAGGCCAAUACUGUCCUCAAACUCAACGUGCUGGGGUCUGAUGCCGUUGAAUCAAUCAAGCUUGACAUCGAGGAGGUUCGCCAUAUUAAAAUCCACGCAUCACCGAGCUCAAGCGGCCCGGCACAUUUCCUCGUGGAAUGCCGUACCGACUCCGCAUCAUGGGCUGAUGUCUACCACAUCAACCCCAAAUCUAAGAGUGUCACAAAAGCCUACAGCCUUCCAAAGGCACAGGGCCAUCCGGUCAUCACGGCCGGUACUAGCACGGGCUACGAAAACCUCUAUUUCACACGCAUCACUCCAGCGGAGGUCGCCAUCUACUCCUCUGUGUCUGACAAGGCUCUGGGGGCCUGGGAGACUAGCCAGGUAUUACCGGAGAACUCCCAGCAUGCUGUUUCAGAGGUAGUUGCACUUGACUCGGGCGUUUCUGUUCGGUUCGCUCAGGUCGAAGAGUCGGGAGAUUGGUCCUUGAUCCUGAACGGAAAGCUACAGUGGACUAGACCGGAGUCACUCACAGAGACCAUAGCAAUUGCAUGGAACGACCCGAACGAUGGUGUGACUCUCGCCCGCGAGCUCGAAGUAGAAGGCCACCAGAGUGUACCAAUGGCCUAUGCUCAUCGUUUGAUCCGACAUCUCAAGGCCAUACAGCAAUAUUUCCCUGAUUGGUUCAUGGAGACGCCCAUGAGACUCUUGACCAGCUUCAUGCCAAGUGAUAUCAGCGACCUUGUUCAAUUCGGUCUGGGUCAACAGGUUAUCCUGGCAACACGGACCGGGCGUGUCGCAGCAUUGGAUUCAGGCCGUCAGGGAGAAGUGAUGUGGAAUAUCAAAGCUGUUGAUAAUGUCCUUGAUUGGGGCGUGAAAGCCAUCACUGCUCAACUAGGCCUCGCAACCGUCCAUGUCGAUGAUGGUAGCACUUUCCAGGUAAACAUCACCACAGGCGAGAUUACCAGCCGAACUCCUCCAACACAGAAAGUCGCAUCUAUCGCAUUUGUUCCAGACGGCGCUGCAGAGGUUAAAGUUGGUGUUGAGGAACACGGUGUACCGACCGAAUCUGCAUAUGUUGAUGGAAUCGACACCUUCCUUGUCACUAGAGGUGGUGAUAAGAGUAUUCUAGGCUGGAAUACUAGCAAAUCAAAGGCACCUAUGUGGGAGUUCACUGUUCCGGAGGGCCAGAAGAUUAUACAUGCUACUGCACGGCCAGCUCAUGACCCCAUUGCUUCGGUAGGCAAGGUCUUAGGAAACAGAUCCGUGCUAUACAAGUACCUGAACCGCAACCUCGCCCUCAUUACUGCAACUGGCGAAUCUACCGUGGACUUUUAUCUUCUUGACGGCGUGUCCGGUCAGAUCCUGCAUACAGCAAGGUAUACCGACGUUGACACUACCCAGCCCAUAGCCUCAGCCAUCUCUGAGAACUGGUUUGCCUAUUCAUUCUGGGCAGACACAAACGAGCAAUCGGCUGCAAAGGGCUACCAGCUUAUAGUAUCUGAACUAUACGAGUCAUCUCUUCCCAAUGACCGUGGAGUUCUUGGUGACGCUGCCAACUACUCUAGUAUCAGCAGUCUCACCAUGCCACACGUUAUAUCACAAGCCUACAUGAUCCCUGAAGCCAUUUCCAACAUGGCAGUCACUCAAACUCGCCAGGGAAUAACUCUCAGACAACUCCUCUGCACCCUCCCAGCUUCACGCAGCAUAGUCGGCAUCCCACGCCCUAUCCUCGAGCCCCGUCGUCCCGUGGGCCGUGAUCCUACUGCCCAAGAAGCUGAAGAAGGCCUGAUGAGAUAUAACCCGAACCUCGAGUUUGACCCCAAAUGGUAUCUUACGCAUUCCCGAGACGUGAUAGGUAUCCAACACAUCGAAUCCAACCCGACAUUGCUCGAGAGUACAACCUUGAUAUUCUCGUAUGGAUUUGAUAUCUUUGGAACUCGCCUUGCGCCAAGCCAGCCGUUCGAUAUCCUUGGUAAGGGAUUCUCAAAGGUACAGCUUCUGCUUACUGUUGUUGCAUUGAUGGCCGGUGUCAGCGCCCUGGCUCCCUUGGCCCGAAGCAAACAGGUGAACCUCCAGUGGAAAUCAUCCUAG